UAUUGCAUCGCUGCAAACCUCCAGGCACUGAGACCUGAUGAACUGCAGAUUUUAGUUGAAGUUAUAGCGCAUACGAUCCGUACUAAAGAGCAGAAUGACUGUAAGACAAUAAGCGUGGGCUCUACCUUAGAAAGCAGAUGUUUUGAGAUUGACGAGAUAGACGAAGAGCAGAACUUAGACUUGUUUUCAUGUCGCCUUUGCAAGUGCUUAUUGACGGAACCGACGUCUUUGGUGUGUGGACACACUUUCUGUAAGUGCUGUCUGGAAGAUGACCUGGCAAAAGAGUGCAGAAGCUGCCGUUUAAAAACCAACAAAUCACCCAGGCAAUUUACUGUGGACGGACUCAGAGUAAAUGUUAUUAUCAGUGGCUUGAUUGGAAAAUGGUUCAAUUCGGAAAGCAAAGCAAGACGAUACUGGUCGGAAGGGGAAGGUCUUUGGAAAAAACUGGACUUAUCCAACGCAAUACUGAAGUUCAACACGGCGAUUGAACUAGUAAAACCCCUUCUCAUCUCCACAGAGCCCUGUGAAUGUCGGCUCCUGGCUAGGCGGGCAGAGCUGUUCAUGGAAAUGAAAAAUUUCGGUCAAGCCAUCAAGGAUGGGGACACCAUGUGCCGACUCCGUCCCCUGUGGCCAAAGGCUCACUACAUUAAGGCUGCAGCGUUCAGGAGCGCUGACCGCAAUGAAGAGGCUCUACAAGAGUAUUUCUGCUGUUUGGCUCUUAAGUCUGAUUGGAUUGCCAUAAAACUGGAGGCCCAAAAGAUCCUGAGUCACAUGGUCUCUUCAGUCUUUGUGACUGAUGGUCUGGCCACGUCCAUGCAGCCCCUUCCAGCUGUACCCUCCUCUCGUAUCAAACCUUCAUUCCUCCUCAGCUCUCUUCACUCCUCUCUUCCUAGAGAUCGAGCCAAAGAAGGCUGCUCCAAGGAACCAACACUCAGUUGCAGCAAGUUCAAAGAUGGGAACUCUUAUAUUUUACCAAGAUCUGAAAACAUGAACUCUGGCCUCUCUUCACCCUUUGUUCAACCAGUCCUAAAAAGGAAAUGGACAGAAGAUGCUAAGGGCUUUGAGCCACCCAACAAACAGCUUAAAGAAGAUAAUGCAUCUUCAUGUAAAACUCUCCCUACUUUUUCUGGGGAGAGGCAAGUUCCAUCACAGCUUUUGGACAGUGCAGACUUUGAAUGUUCUCUCUGCAUGAGACUGUUUUAUGAGCCUGUCACCACACCCUGUGGACACACAUUCUGCCUCAAGUGUUUGGAACGCUGCUUGGACCACAACCCUAACUGUCCCCUGUGCAAGGAGAACCUCUCUGAGUAUCUGGCCACUAGAGCGUACAACAAAACUCUUCUAAUGGAAGAAUUAUUGCAGCGCUACUUUUGUGAUGAGCUAGCUGAAAGGCAAAAAGUACAUGAAGAAGAGAUGAAAGAAUUGUCAAACUUGAACCAGGAAGUGCCCAUCUUUGUUUGCACUAUGGCAUUUCCUACCAUUCCCUGCCCACUGCAUGUUUUUGAGCCUCGAUACAGGCUUAUGAUUCGCAGAUCUAUGGAAACGGGAACGAAACAGUUUGGCAUGUGCAUUGCUGAUGAACUGAAAGGGUUUGCAGACCAUGGCUGUAUGCUGGAGGUGAGGGAUGUCAAGUUUUUUCCUGAUGGGCGCUCUGUAGUGGACACCAUAGGCAUUGCUUGUUUCAAAGUGCUCAGUCACGGCCAGAGAGAUGGAUACCACACAGCCAAGAUUGAAUAUUUGGAGGAUAAGAAGGUUGAAGGAGAGGAGUUGACCGAGCUCCUGAAGUUGCAUGACUCUGUGUAUGAUCAGGCCUUGGGCUGGUUCACCUCCCUUAAAGAUGAUAUGAAGAACCAAAUCAUCAGCCACUUUGGGCAGCUGCCUGUCAAAGACUCUGACCCACAGGGUAAUCCCAAUGGCCCUGCAUGGUGUUGGUGGCUGUUGGCUGUGUUGCCGCUGGAAAACAAAGCCCAGCUGACCAUCCUCGCCAUGAACGCUCUUAAGGAUCGGCUGGUCGCCAUCCGCAGGGUCCUCAUUUUUGUAACUCGCAAGCGGCCUCGAUGAUAAAUGUGUUCUUGGUCUAAAUAUGAUUAUCAAAAUGAACCUAUAGCUUGGGAAUGCUGAUUCAGGCUGGGGUCACUGAGGUUUCUUCCAGUGGCCAUCUUGGUCGUCAUUGCAGCAGGCAACCCUCACCAAUUAGUCACCUGGGACAUUGUUCAAUAAAAAUGUUUUGCAUCUUGAUAUGUUAAUUUAGGCUCAUUAGUUAGCAGUGGUGAUUUAAGUUGUAGUCAUGCUGUGAGAGAGAUCAUUAUUGAUGGCCUACAUUAGGAAGUUCUCAUUUAGUUCAGGUGCAAUCAAAUCGUUUACCAGUUUAACAGUAGCAACAAACAUGAAGACAGUGGGAACUUAGUUUUUUUCUUAAGCACCUUCGGUCCUUUGAAAAUACCACCUCUGUUUUGUGACUAGAUGGUGUGUACGACUGACCAAAUGCUUCCCAUGGGCUUGCAAAUAUCAAUACGGGCCUUAUUGUGUGUUAGUUAAAAAAAUCCAUGUGCUUCAGUUUGGAAAUAAGCACUCACCUUUUUUCCAUAUUGUAAAAGAUGAUUAAAGGAAAACUUAUUUAAUAUUACAUGUACUGUAACCCUGCUUUCUCUGUAUCUUUGUUUCUUAUACACAUUUAGAUGCCUAGGUCAUUCAGAAACUAUGAAUUCAGUCAGAAAUUGCAAUGUUCUGCUGAGGUCCAUUCAAUUUUCCUCCAUGAAUUUAAAAAGCCGCACUCUCCAACCUUGAAUACAGCCUUAAUGAUAUUCAGUAACAACCACAGGUGUGGUUUUUAUAUUUCAAGAGUCUGUUUGUGAUUUUGUCUUGAAUUGAAUCUUAAUUGGAAAAAAAUUGAAAAAAUCAGAAUGAGUAAAUUGUAAACUGGAGCCAAAUUGUGUAAAGUCCUACUGUAAAACAUGUUUGAACAAGCACCGUUUUAAUGCGUAUGAAACAUCAAUUGGAGAGUGCAGAGUGCAAUGUGUGGAUGGGGGCUUAUGUCUAUAUAACAAUCUUUAUAGACAAUAGGAGGCCUUUGAACGUUCACACUCAUUUUUCUUCUCAUUGUUCUUGUCUCUGUGAUGUGCAUGUCUUGUGUAUGUCCGUUAUCUACCUUUUCCUGUGCAAAUUACUACUUAAAUGCUGCAUUUAUGUACAUUUGUAAAUCAAUAUGAAAUAAAACAUUUUAUAUUUUAAA